AUUUCCCGUUUUUUUCUUUGUCAUUUGAGAAAGUUGAAAGUAAGAAAAGAUUUCAUAAAUUUUAUUUGUUUAAUUAAUAUCAGUAAAAGUUCGCGAAUAAUUUACGUCCUUUUGUCGUACAGUUCGUAUGUGGUAUCGAAAUUUCGUUGAAUAUAGUUUCCCCAUCGUGUAAUCAAUUCGUAUCAUCAAUCAGUUAGUGAUAAACAUUGAUGGAUAUCAUCUUCAGCUGUUUCCUUUAGUUAACCAGUUUCCACAAGAAGAGUGAAGCUAAAAUGUCGCACAGCAAGAAAGAUUCGAACGCUGGGAUCAAGCAUAAUGUCGACCUGGACAAUAUUUGGGGCGAUUUGAAGACUGGGAUUGAACACGUUUACAAACGACAAGCUAUGCCUAAACCGCGUUAUAUGCAGUUAUAUACUCACGUGUAUGAUUACUGUACCAAUGGACAUCAGAGUUCCAGCAGAAAUGCACCAGCCAGUAGUAAGAACAAAAAGAACAACAUUGCCAGCGGGGCUGAACUUGUUGGCCUCGAAUUAUACAAACGAUUAAGGGAAUUCUUGCGUAAUUAUUUGAUUAAUUUGCUGAAAGACGGUAUCGAUCUCAUGGAUGAAGAUGUGCUGCAAUUCUACACCAAACAAUGGGAAGAAUAUCAAUUCAGCUCGAAAGUAUUGAACGGUGUUUGCGCCUAUCUUAAUCGUCACUGGGUAAGAAGAGAAUGCGAAGGCGGUGGCAAAGGUAUAUACGAAAUAUAUCAAUUAGCAUUGGUUACGUGGCGCGAUAAUCUGUUCAAACAGUUGAAUAAGCAGGUCACUAACGCAGUUUUAAAAUUAAUCGAACGAGAACGUAAUGGCGAAUCGAUCAAUACGCGAUUAGUCAGCGGAGUCAUAAACUGCUACGUAGAAUUAGGAUUAAACGAAGAAGAUCCUAAUGCUAAAGGUCAAAAUUUAUUCGUCUAUAAAGAAUCUUUCGAAGAUUUAUUCCUCAUUGACACCGAACGGUUUUACGUCAACGAAAGUACCGAAUUCCUGAAACACAAUCCGGUUACCGAAUACAUGAAGAAAGCUGACCAACGCUUACAAGAAGAAAGACGUCGAGUUCAGCUAUACUUACACGAAACUACGAUGGAUAGAUUGAAUGAAACUUGUGAAAGGGUGCUGAUCAAGAAACACUUGGAUAUAUUCUACGCCGAGUUUCAGAAUUUAUUGGAAACCGAUAAAAAUGACGAUUUAGCUAGAAUGUAUUUGUUGGUUUCGCGCGUCCAAGAUGGCCUCAUUGAACUGAGAUGUUUACUUGAAAAACACAUCGUACAGCAAGGUGUAGAUGCGAUAGAUCGAUGCGGCGAGGCCGCCAUGAAUGAUCCUAAAGUAUACGUAAAUGCCACUCUGGAAGUUCAUAAAAAAUACAACGCCCUCGUUGUUAAAUCAUUUAAUAACGAUUCCGGAUUUGUGGCCGCUUUAGAUAAAGCUUGCGGUCGAUUUAUCAAUAACAACUCAGUCACUAUUCAAACAAAUUCUAGCUCUAAAUCGCCCGAACUGCUGGCGAAAUUUUGCGAUCUCUUGCUGAGGAAAUCUAGUAAAAACCCCGAAGAAGCCGAAUUAGAAGACACCCUCAAUCAAGUCAUGGUUAUGUUUAAGUAUAUCGAAGACAAAGACGUCUUUCAAAAAUUCUACAGCAAGAUGUUAGCUAAACGGUUGGUACAGCACAUGUCGGCCAGCGAUGACGCGGAAGCUUCAAUGAUCUCAAAAUUGAAACAAGCCUGUGGUUUCGAAUACACUUCGAAAUUACAACGAAUGUUCCAAGAUAUCGGAGUGUCGAAGGAUCUGAACGAAUCGUUUAGAAAACACUUGGCCAACUCGAACGAACCUUUGGAUAUCGAUUUCAGUAUUCAAGUGCUAUCUUCGGGCUCCUGGCCCUGGACUAAUUCGUUAAAUUUUUCAUUACCUACAGAAUUAGAGAAAAGUAUUCAUCGAUUUACUUCAUUCUACAGCGCUCAGCAUUCUGGUCGAAAGUUAAACUGGUUGUAUCAAAUGUCCAAAGGCGAACUGGUGACGAAUUGUUUCCGAAAUCGAUACACUUUACAAGCGUCCACCUUCCAAAUGGCCGUUUUAUUACAAUUCAAUCUGUCUGAAGUCUGGACCAUUAGUCAGUUAGUAGAUUCUACGCAAAUUAAACCCGAUUUCUUAAUACAAGUUUUACAAAUCUUAGUCAAGUUAAAAUUACUGCAAAGCUCCGACGAUGAAGCAGAUCUCAGUCCGUCUUCGGUAAUUUCGUUAUGUACCGGUUUCAAAAAUAAGAAAUUCCGAGUCAAUAUCAACAUGCCGAUGAAAACCGAAUUGAAAAUAGAACAAGAAACCACCCACAAGCAUAUUGAAGAAGAUCGUAAACUACUCAUACAAGCAGCCAUCGUUCGUAUUAUGAAAAUGAGAAAAUCUUUGAAACACCAGCAGCUGGUCGCCGAAGUAUUGAAUCAAUUAUCAUUACGUUUCAAGCCUCGUGUGCACGUAAUUAAAAAAUGUAUCGAUAUUUUAAUCGAAAAAGAGUACUUAGAACGUAAAGAAGGCCAAAAAGAUACGUACAGUUAUUUAGCUUAGGUUCACUGUUCGUAAACUUUUAAAGAGCUCGCUUUUUCUAUGUAACUAAUCAAGCUGGUUUUUAAUUUCUUUCUUCGUGGUUUUCUCUUUUUCUUUACAACUACGUAAAUGUAUUUCGAUUUAUGUAUGUACUUCGUUUCAGCGUACUUUUUUCAUGUCACGAAAGUCACCGGCGUUUACGAGCCGCUAAUACCUUGAAAAGUCGUCUAGUCGGUAGAUGUUUUAACGAAUGUGAAUCUUAUGACGGUUGACAGAUAUCUGAGUGAAAUCAUUCGCGAUUUAAAUUUUUACUAAUUUUUUCAAUUCGACGUACAAUUUGGUCAAACCUUGCAAAGUACGAAUAUUAAUUAUUUCGAUAGUAUUGAAUUUCAUACGAAAUUAUUUCCACAAGGUUGUUUAUGUAAAUGUGUAACAAUGCGAGAUGGCGAAAUAAUGUUUAGGUGUGUGUGUGUGUGUGUUUUUUUUAAAUUAUCGAAUUAUUUGUUGUUAUUUAUUGUUUCUUGUUAUUGAUGUUGUUAUUUAAAUGAGGUCUUUUUUUUUUAAUUUUUCAAUUCCGCCAAUAUCGUGUAAAAAUUAAUGUACAGCAAGCUGCACAACGAUGUCGUCAACUAGUAUUUCGUGUUUUUUGUAUGAUGAUGUACGGUUUUCUUCCCCUUUCUCAAGUACAAUGUAUCUAAUUUUUGAAUCUAUUUAUUUGGCUAUGAUGCUACAAACAGAAAUCUUUGUUUCUAAUAUUGCUCGAUAUGUUUGGAAAUGGAGCAAGGUCGCUGUGUCGAGCCAGUUUCCGGACGUGCGCGUAUCGUUUUGAGAAUGAAAAAGAAAUUCGUGAUUCCGAUUCCCUAAUUAAUGUAGUUUGAAAAUUUACGACUGAAAUUGUGCGAACUAUGACGAUGAAAUUUGAAUGAGAGUAUUCUGCAGUCCAUUGAUUGGAAGGACCUCGAAAAUAAUUUCUUUCAAUUUUGUUUUGAUAAAUUGAAUAAAUUAAGUUCCUGUAUUUUGAUGAACACGUCUUCUAGAUAUUAUGAAUCGCUAGUGAUACUUAUAUGUUGAAAAUGUAUUUCAUCUUGGGAUUAUUUUCCUUUAAGAAUUGAAUGUGAAAUUUAUACCCAUCAUAUCAAAUUUCUUCUAUACGAGAAAAGAAACCUGUUUGAUUGAAUUGUUCAGUAUUAUUUUCCCUUACAAAUGUUCCAUAUAAUCGUGGAAUAAAUUUUCAUUAUUCGAAAGAUUCAUUUUUUGUUUUUUAAACCAUUAUUUUUUUUUUGCGUUGAAUUUAUAAUAAAACGUUGGUUACCUGAUUGAUUUUAUAUUCGGUUUAACUCAAGAUGAUCUAUUUUUUUUUACUAUUCAAAUCGAUUGUAAUUAUUAUUCAGACGAUAGAUUUUGUUUGAUGGAAAGGCACCUGUGCAUUAUGAUUUUUAAUUAUUAUGUUUAAGCUUAUUCGUUGUUGUUACCAUUCGAUUAAUUAUUAAUAUAAUUAGCGAGAAAAGAAAAUCAUUUUUAAUGGUAAAUCGAAGAAUUCCGAUUGAAAAGACGUCUACGCGGCGGUGUGACGAUUAUAUUUCGAAAUUUUCAUUCAAGUCUUUCUAAAAUUCAUACAAUAAUUUUUAUUUUAAAUGGAAUUUUGUAUAUUUGUAAAUAUAUAUGUACGGAUAAUGACAGAAAAUAUUUCUUCGUUAUCUUUUGCGGUAAACUUUAAAAAUUGUGCAUCUUCGUUUGUUUUUUUUUGGGGUCAUAUUAUAACUGUAUAUUGUUGCAUUCUUUUCAAGGCUUUCUUUAAAAUUUGUGUCACUUUUUGCGUAGCUUUUUUAUUUGUAAUACACGCCUGUAUGGGUUAUAAUGUUAGCCUACCUAUUUGAAACUAAACAAUACCUAAUUGUAACGAAGAUUUUCAUUUCUUUAUUGAAUUUUUCCUGAAGGUUAUGUCGUUGAAAUCAUAAUAAUUCAAUUUUUGUAUCCAAACAAGUGUAAGUAAUCAUAAAGAUGUAUUUUUAUAGUGAUAUGUAUAUGAAAUUGUCCAACGUCCGGUUGAUCCGGUAAUGUAAUUUGAUGAACGUUUAAAUUCAUCGUUCAUUUUCUGGACGUAGGUAUUUCUCUCUUGAAAAACUAUUCGCUAAUCGCUUGCAUUUUUAUGAGCAAGUUUGAUGAAUUGUGUAUGUACCUCUCUCUAUCUCUACCUAUUUUUAUUGAAUAAACAAACUGAAAGUUUACAAAUACAUUGUAAAUUUUUUUCUCUGUCAACGCAAAACGGAUAUAAACUUGAAUUUAUUCAUCUUCGAUGUGUUAAUUUGUAAAAAUUGUCCACUAUACAAUAGGUAUGUGUACUGUGUAUCGACUUGUUGUUUUUCAUCACUAGAAUUGCAUCAUUUUUUAAGCAUUAUUAUCUGUUAUUAUACCUUACAACUUGUAAUAUAUAACUUUUGAUAAUUAUGUAAAUUUUACGACGAUUUGUUUGAUCAGUAAAAUAAUAUUAAUAACGAAUUGUUA